GGCAUUUUUUACAGUGAGCUUGUGGUGAUAAACUUGCUGCAGCGACGAACAUGUCUGAGACCGCAGCCGAAGAAAGGUAUCUCCAGUGCAGACUGCGGUGUCACCAAGAUGUGUUUCAGUCAGCCUUCAAACUGUGACCCUGCUGUCAGUGCUGACUGUUAUUUCAUGUCAGCCAAGAUGUUGUCUCCCAGUUACGCAGCCGUUCGCUAUGAGAUGACUGGUCCUUCUGAUGGGUACAUCGCUUUUGGAUUCUCAGAUGAUCAGAUGAUGGGAAACGAUGACAUUUAUAUUUGUGGCAUAGGCAGUAAUGGCCUGGUGGGGUUGCAGCGUGCCUUUUCAACAGGACGAACAACUCCACAACUUCUUCCUCUGGGGAAUGUUUCUAAUGUAAGCGCAUCAGUGUUGAACAAAGUUAUCAGCUGCUCCUUCACUUCCAUGAACACUUUGUCUACUCAGAGGACUACUGGCUUCAACCAAAGCUACUAUCUCAUGUUUGUCCAUGGACCCAGCAGCAAUGGUAAUGAAGACACUGUGUAAUGGUGGAGGA